AUGUCAUUGUUCUGGCUUGUGAUUCGUCAACUUGCAGAAAUCGAGGCUAUGGCUGCAUCCAAGAAAAUCAUAACAAGAGACGAAUGGGAGAAAAAGCUUAAUGAUGUGAAGAUUAGAAAAGAAGACAUGAAUAAAUUGGUAAUGAAUUUCCUUGUCACCGAAGGCUAUGUUGAAGCUGCCGAGAAAUUUCGAAUGGAGUCUGGAACUGAACCAGACAUAGAUCUUGCAACAAUAACGGAUCGCAUGGCUGUUAAGAAGGCAGUACAAAGUGGUAAUGUUGAGGAUGCAAUUGAAAAAGUGAAUGACUUAAAUCCAGAGAUACUGGACACAAAUCCCCAAUUAUUUUUCCAUCUUCAACAGCAACGAUUGAUAGAACUAAUCCGGAAUGGAAAAGUAGAAGAAGCCCUAGAGUUUGCCCAAGAGGAGCUUGCACCAAGGGGAGAGGAAAAUCAAAGUUUUUUGGAAGAGUUGGAGAGAACUGUUGCACUGCUUGCCUUUGAAGAUGUUUCUAACUGUCCUGUUGGAGAUUUGCUUGACAUAUCACAGCGUUUGAAGACAGCAAGUGAGGUGAAUGCAGCCAUACUUACUAGUCAGAGCCAUGAAAAAGACCCAAAACUUCCAAGUUUGCUGAAGAUGCUGCUAUGGGCCCAAAACCAGCUGGAUGAGAAAGCUGCUUAUCCUCGUAUAAAUGAUUUAUCCACCGCUAUAUUAGAAGAUUCUGCUGUUUGA